AGACAGCAGCGUAGAGCGUAGUUACGUUAGGUUAUUGGUAUAGGUAAGAGAAAAAAGGGGAAAUUCCGCCGCCGCCGAAGCAGCCAUUGUUCAGUUCAGCCUAUCCGCGUAACUUGAGUUUUCGAAUCGCUUCUUACAUAAUUCAGUGCACACUUUGAGUUGAAUUCUUGUUGUUGCACUGUUAACUGAAUUCAGUCAAAUUCACAAAUUCAAACAUCGAGUUUAUAGCUUUUGUUUUAAUUCCCUCCCUCACGUUUCUUAUUAUCUAUCACCAUAGCCAUAGCCGAACCGGGACCAAGGUAGAAUAUUUACUGAGCCGCACAAACGUAAAUACGAAAACGUCAGAAGGGCUGCGAAGCUGCAAGGCACAGAAAACAACCCUAGAUAUUCGUUUUUCUGCUUGGGUAAGUUUCAUUUUCAUUGAAAAGGCGGCUUCCUUCUUGCUUGAAUUAACACGACAGUUAUAUAUCUGCAUUGCAUAUUUUGCAUAACAUUUCAAGUUAGCUUUUCGCUGCGUUUGUGUAUUUUCUCAAUUUUGUGCCAAAAAUCUGCGAACCGAAUUUGUUUUAUAUUCCGUUUUUGUUAUGUUACAUGUGCUAGAAAUUUAAUUUGUUUCUAUCCUGUGAAGCAACUCUUUGUAAAUCAAAGAACGAAUUUUAGCCGUUAUUUCACGUCAUCUCUCGCUGCUUUGUUAUUUCAUGCUAAAAUGAGGAAAACUGGAAAAGUUCUUUUCAAAUUGGCCGUCAGAGCAUUUUCAAUUCAUCAUUUUUCAUUGUGUGUUUUUCAACUUCAGUUCUUCAACGAUUGGUUUUGAAAAAAAUCUGUGACGAACUUAAGUUUAGACUAUAACGUUUUUUCGUGACUUAACUGGCUUUUAUUUAAUUCUGGUGCGGCCUUCUAUAUUUUUUCUUUGUUUAUUUUAUUACCAUAUCAAAUCUGGUCUUAUUUUUGUUUAUUAUUGAUUGUGCUGGCCAACAUGACGGUCGGCAAAGAUGGCGUCGACUGCAAAAAAGAGGACGAAGACUCCGCCAAAGUCAUCGACCGUCAAGGUCGCGAAACUUGGAAAGGCAGUUUUGAUUUCCUGAUGACAUUAAUUGGCUUCAGCGUCGGAAUCGGGAAUCUGUGGCGCUUCCCCUAUCUGUGUUACAAAAAUGGAGGGGGUGUGUUCCUGAUACCUUACUUCAUUACUCUGUUCGGAGCAGGGGUUCCUCUGAUAUUCCUAGAGGUCUCGUUGGGCCAAUUUAUGUCGAAGAGUGGAACGUCAGCGUGGAAUCUGUUUCCCUUAGCGAAAGGCCUCGGAGUCGCUACGCUGAUUAUAGUUAGCAAUCUGAGCCUCUAUUACAUUGUAGUUAUCGCUUGGACUGUUUACUAUCUCUACUCUACUUUUACUCUGGGCGACUUGCCAUGGACCAAAUGUGCUGACCCGAAUGGAACUGUCUGCCGAGACUACCAAUCUCUCGUCGACCAAUCAGAAUCGAGCAGUAAUGUCUCGUACCAGGAGCCGGCAGAAUAUUUCUGGGAGCAUAAUGUCUUGCGGCUCUCGGAUUCCAUGGAAAUUGGGGGGACGGUUCAGCCUCAUAUGGUAAUUUCUCUCGCAGUUUCUUGGCUCAUAGUAUACAUUUGCAUAGUUCGAGGGGUUCAAUGGACUGGAAAAAUUGUUUGGUUUACUGGACUUUUUCCCUACGUUAUGCUAGUGAUUUUAUUUCUUCGUGGAAUCACCUUAAAUGGAGCUAUGAGCGGGAUUGUUUACUACCUAAAGCCAGAUCUUUCCAAACUUACAGAGGGAGGUGUUUGGCUCGAUGCUGGAACCCAGAUUCUGUUUUCCAUGUCUCUAGGAACUGGAACUAUGCCAACCCUGGGAAGCUACAACAAAUUCACCCACAAUUGUCUGAAAGAUGCCAUUUUAUUUUCAGUAAUAAACUGUCUGACCAGUAUUUUUGGCGGCGUUUGUAUUUUCUCAGUUCUGGGCUACAUGGCGUAUGAACGAAAUAUACCCAUUUCCGAGGUGGCCGAAGGGGGUCCCGGGCUAACUUUCAUUGCUUACCCCAAGGCACUGUCGCUGAUGCCCUUCGGUGCAAAAUUACUAACUGGUGCUUUCUUUCUUAUGAUUUUAUUCCUCGGAUUAGACAGCCAAUUCGUAGGCGUGGAAGGUCUGGUUUCUCAAUUUAUGGAUGCUUUUCCCAACAGAUAUUUCAGACACAAACACGCCAGAUCAAUCCUUAUCACAAUUAUCUGUGCCCUUUGGUUCGUCAUCGGAAUCGUUUUUGCGACUAACAGCGGAAUGUAUUACUUCCAAAUUAUGGACUUCUAUUCAGCUAGUGGAUUCGUUUUACUGUUUGUAGGUCUAGGUGAGGCGAUUGCUAUCGCCUACUGCUACGGAGGCAAACGCUACGUCAAAGACCUCGAAGCUAUGAUGAAGAUUCGAAUCCCCAAAUAUUUUCUAUUCUGUUGGUAUUUUUUCACACCUUUUACCUGUAUCUCCAUUGGCGUUAUGUAUUGGAUUAAGCUAGAGCCUCUAAGUUAUCAUAACUACACGUACCCGCUUUGGAGUGCGUUUCUAGGGUGGACUAUUGUUAUUUUCACUGUCGGCGCGAUUCCGCUUACUGCAAUCGUACAGAUUUGUCGGCACCGCAACAAUAUCGCCGACGUCAAACGAGCAGUGCUUCGGGAGCACCAGAUUCAUCCCGGGUCCGAACAACCUUAUGAAGUCAUCCAACGAGAGAUCUCGGCAAUAUCCGACAGCUUCCCUGCAAUCGAUUUACACGGCCAAGACGAUAUCCCGCCCCUUGUACAAUGCAAGCCACCUCAGUAUAUUUCGGCCGUUUAAAACCUUUCUUGGAAAAUAUCGGAAGCUGAAUCAUUCCACCGCGAACUCAUUUUAACGUUGAUUAUAAAUAAGUUCAGUUUUUUAAUGUUAACUGGAUAGCGAAUUAAGUGCACAUAUUCUAGUUUUACGUCAGAUUGUUGAAUUGAACUAGAUUUCCUCGGCGCAUUUUAAAAUCGGCUUGCACUAAGUAAAUCUCUCAUUUUUUCAUGCAGAAUAUCUGACAAAUUGUAAACAUUUGAAUUGUAUUAUACCUUUGUGAAACAAUUUUCAUGCUAAACAUGCACUGGCAUGAAAUUUGUCCAUAGAUUCUCUACAUGUUUCAAUGACCAGAAUUCAAUUAUUUUGCA